UGCACAGGCUGCGACACGCCCUGGCCGGCGAGGGCCCCGGGGAGGCGGCGAGCGGCCCCGAGGCCGAGCAGUUCCCGGAGAGCUCCGAGCUGGAGGACGACGACGCCGAGGGCCUGUCGUCCCGCCUGAGCGGCACCCUUAGCUUCACCAGCGCGGACGACGAGGACGACGAGGACGAGGAGGACGCCGAGGCGGCCGGCCCGGACCCGCUGGCCCCUGCGGACGGGGCGUCGGGAGAAGACGCAGAACGGAACCCCUCACCUGACGGGCAGCGGAGCAGUCAGCUCCUGGCCCGGCAAUUGCAGGAUUUCUGGAAGAAGUCCCGGAACACCCUGGUACCCCAGCGGCUGCUCUUCGAGGUAACCAGUGCCAACGUGGUCAAGGACCCCCCCUCCAAGUACGUGCUCUACACCCUCGCCGUGAUGGGGCCAGGGCAACCAGAUCGCCAGCCAGCCCAGAUCUCUCGCCGCUACUCAGACUUUGAGCGGUUGCACCGAAACCUGCAGCGGCAGUUCCGGGGCCCCAUGGCUGCCAUCUCCUUUCCCCGUAAGCGCCUGCGCCGGAAUUUCACUGCAGAGACCAUUGCCCGCCGCAGCCGGGCCUUCGAGCAGUUUUUGAGCCACCUGCAGGCAGUCCCUGAGCUGCGCCAGGCCCCAGACCUGCAGGACUUCUUCCUGCUGCCGGAGCUGAGGAGGGCACAGAGCCUCACCUGCACUGGCCUCUAUCGUGAGGCUCUGGCGCUCUGGGCCAAUGCCUGGCAGCUGCAGGCCCAGCUGGGCACCCCCUUGGGACCAGAUCGCCCUCUGCUGACCCUGGCUGGGCUGGCUGUGUGCCACCAGGAGCUGGAGGACCCUGGGGAGGCUCGGGCAUGCUGUGAGAGGGCCCUUCAGCUGCUGGGGGACAAGAGCCCCCACCCUUUGUUGGCACCCUUUCUGGAGGCCCAUGUCCGGCUCUCCUGGCGCCUGGGUCUGGACAAACGCCAAUCAGAGGCACGGCUCCAGGCCUUGCAGGAGGCAGGCCUGACCCCCACACCACCCCCCAGUCUCAAAGAAUUACUUAUCAAGGAGGUACUGGACUAAUCUUGCCUAGACUUAAGGUCACCCUGGGGAGAGGCACUACCCCAGGAUGGCAGCAGUGGGGGAUUGAUGAGGACCUGAACAGCAGUUGGGAGGCUUUAGGGGGUGCUGGGAACCCCUAGGAGUACCACAAAGAGUUUGUAGCAGACUGAGGAAACAUGGUUCUUCUGUUAGGCUGGGCUCAGGAAAAGUUUUGGCUGGGGACGCCUGGGAUGGUGCAGGGAGGAAGUCUGAUGCACUCUCUUCAGCUUAUGCACAGCUGGGGGCUGUACCCCAGGUCAGGGUCAGUGUUUCCCUUUCCUUGGGCCUCCAAGUCAGUGAAGCAGCCUGGUGGAAGGGCCAGGGACUCUGCCUCUGGAGUCUUGGAGUUGAUGGCUGGAGGGAGGGCUGCAGUUCUGGCCCAGGGAAUUAAAGGCCAGCAGCUCCAGUGGUAUCAGUCUUUUUAUUGGAUGUGAGGGACAGAAGGCCCAGCCCUCAACUGUAACUCCUGCCUCAGAAGUGGGGGGAGAAUGGAGAUUCUUGAAGCCCCAGGCCAAGUUGGUACCUCUGGCUACAGCUUGCUCUUUGAGACCUGGGGCUUCACUCGGAUCACGCCCUCCUGGGCACAGGAUACAGCCAGGACCCCGUCCCGACGCCACAGCUGCCCACGGACCAGCCCCCGGGAGCCACCUGUGGGCGAGGAGAAGGGUAA